GCUACUUCCAAAGGCUACUUCUUGCGGAAGGACGGCCGCGCGUUCGACCACCCGGACUACUACGCCCACCCAGACCAAUAUGUAUCCGAGUUCUACGCGAAGGUCGCUCCGUACCUUUCCCUCCUCCUGCAUGGCGCACGGUGUGCUCCGGCGUACCCCCGCGUGAUGACGAACGAGCAGCCGACGACGGCGCUCGAGAUCGCGCGGACGUUGGGUGAGGGCCGGUUCGCCUGCGUAGGGGACAUCAGCUGUGAUGUCAACGGCGGCUUGGAGUUCCUGUCGCAAUACGCGACGCGCAUCUGCCGUCGGUCACGAUGGUGGCCAUGCAGGGGCUUUGCGGCCGGUCGGACGUGCAGCUGUUUGUUGCGAGCAAUGUUCUGGCGGAUACCGAGCGGCUGA